CUGAAAGUAGAGGAUGCAUGCAACACGUCUGCUUUCUGUGCAGGUGUGCUGGAACAAUGUUUCAGAAUAACUGAAUUUACUUUGCAAUCAGGUAUCUGGUAGUUUCUCUAGGUUUACCUGCUGCGGCCUCAACAUGAGAUCGGUAUAUACAACUCACUGAGAUAGAUGAGUAUAUCUUUGCAAGAGCAUUUCUUGUGAACUUCAGUGUCAGUGAAACCCCGACCACAGCAAGCGUCAGAUCUGCUGCUGUGUGAUUUCCACGACAUUUGAGAAUGCAUUCUUUCCUGAGAAUCGUGCUGUGUGCUUGUUUAAUUUCACCUUCAGGCCACGCUUUCACCCCAGUUCACCAGACCCCGCGAUCAGUCACCGUUCAGGCCGGCGGAAGUGUCACUUUGACAUGCUCUUUCAAUGGAACCGGUCUGGAGAUUAUCAAAGUUAGAUGGUUCAGAUAUUCAUCUGAUAAUACCUUGCUUCAAAUCGACAUAUCUCUUCAGCACAACGUCUGUUCAGAAUUUAUUAACCGCGCAGCUGUCAAGGAAAACCAGUCUAUAAGCAUAUUGUCCCUUAAUGCCCUCCUCCCGAAUGACAGUGGAGUUUAUGUCUGUGAGGUACAAAGGUGGGCCCCGGCACCUUAUGCUUGGGAACAGGGGAACGGCACCCUGGUUAAUGUUACACGUGAGGAUCCUGCUUUGAUUUCAACAGACACGCGUCCCGCUGACAUCAUCUAUUACAUUGCUGGCGUGCUGAUAAUAAUAAUCGCGCUGGGCCUGGGAAUCGUUGCUCUCGUCUAUUUCAAUCUCAGAGUUAAUAAGUCAUCUGUUUCGCGUGUGCCUGGUAUUCAAGCACACAGCACACCUGAGGACACCGUGUGCUCUCGGCCGGACACACACGAGGUGUGCUAUGCAAGUCUGAAUUUCAACAAGACACGCAGAACUACAGACCCGAGUACGACGGGAUUAAUGCAUUCACAAUACGAAGCAACAGAAAGCACGCUGCAGGCGAAAGCAAAGGAAUCCAACUACAUGUAA